GCCGUGGUAACGCCCCCCCUCCCUCUCUCUCCUCUCUCUCUCAUCAUUUUUCUUUUUAUAUAAUCUUAAUUUCAUUUUUUUUCUCAUAUCUUCGAAAUAAUAAAAAUUUGUGUUUUUCCAUUCUCUCUACUUCUUCUGUUUGGGAUCCUGCGAAGAUCGGAUCGAGCGCUCUCUCGCUCUCACAGGUGUUUGAUGGACUUUGACGGCUUGGGGAGAGAGAGAGGGCGGAGCCAUCGACUGUGAUCGGAGCAACCUCUGCUGAUUAAGUAAAAAAUCGAAGGUGGUUAAUUUUUUAUUAAAAUAAUGUCGUCGUCGUCAAACUCUCCUUGCGCAGCGUGCAAAUUUCUACGGCGGAAGUGCACGCAGGAGUGCGUCUUCGCGCCCUACUUCCCACCUGACAACCCCCAUAAGUUUUCCAAAGUCCACAAGGUCUUCGGUGCCAGCAAUGUCGCCAAGAUCCUCAACGAACUCAGCGCUUCUCAGCGUGAUGACGCCGUCAACUCUCUGGCCUAUGAGGCGGAGGCCCGCCUUCGCGACCCCGUCUACGGCUGCGUUGGACUCAUUUCCAUCCUUCAGCAGCGGCUCAAGGAAGUCCAGGCCGACCUUUUCAAUGCCAAGAAGGAGCUCGCCACUUACAUGGGCCCACAAGCUAUGCUCUCCAUCCUCCAGCCGCCAACUUACAUGGCUCAGCAGCUCCAAGGAAACGCUUUUUCCGCCGUUUCGCCGUACAUGUCUCCGAUGAUUGGCAUUCCAACUGGGGCUGCUUCCGGUCAGUUGAUGAUUCGAGAGCCACAGCAGCAGCAGAUUUUUGAGGCGCAGCAGUUGGCGGUGGCCGUGGCAGCGAGGGAGCAGCAGGCGCAGGACCAUGUGAGAUUCAACAGUGGGUUUGACUCGUCCCCUGGCUCGGUCACUGUGGGCGGCUUCACUCAGAUGGCCGGAGCGUUGGGCAACGCCGUUUCGCCGUCUUUGGCUCUGGGGUUUGAUAGCGGUCCGUACCACCAGAUUCAGCAGCAGCAGCCUCACCAUAAUCCCCACCUCCACCUGCAGCUUCAGUCUCAGCUGUUGCUCCAAACCCAACUGCCGCAAGGGCAGCAUCAGGCUCAGCAGUCCCAGCAACCCCAGCUGCAGGCAAAAUCCGAUCCGGGAGAGGAAGGCGGUGGUAGGAGUGUGGGUCCCUCUUGCUGAUGCAUUUUUCUUCAGCUCUUCCCUGCCUUCCCGCUUUUUCAUUUAACUAAUUUUCAUUCUAGUUAGCUGAUGAAGAGUGUUUCAGUUUGGCAUGUGUGGAAAAUGAUGAUCCAAGAGUCAAGUGUUUGAUUCUCAACAGUUGAUAAGUAAACGUGAAACUCGUUAUAUAUAUAUUGGUCUGAGCUCUGAUUUCAUAUCGUCUGCAUGCAUACACAGCUGGAGAUCCUAAUGUUAUCAAUUUUGAGUUUUGAAGAGAGAGAGUAGUUUUGAUUGGAGAGGGCAGGAGAGGAGAGACAUAUUUCCAAAGAGUACGUAGUAGAGAUGUUGGAGUACAGUUUAAUUAAUUGUAUCUUCUAUUUAAUUAGUAUUUAGUAGUGAUCCAGGACAAUUUAUAUUCA